CCCAACGCCUGUUUUUGCACGCGUUAUUGGUGGCUUGCGUUCCGUAUAAAUAUCACGAGGUACAAAGACUCGCGCACAAGACUUGUCGUAAACGUGAUACACACAACAGCAGGCAACCACACAUCUACUUCACACACGUCCACAAUACACACCCGCGAAAUCAUACACCAUGGCGCCGCUCAAAAUCGCAAUCCCCAGCGCAGCCACGCAGACGCCUGAACAAGGCAAACAGUACACAGCCUACUCGGUUCGCGUCGACCAUCCUUUCCCACGAACAGCUACGACCCUCUCGAAACGUUAUUCAGACUUCACCACCCUCGACUCCACUCUGCGCUCGGAAGUCAGCGCGCCGCCUGCUACUCUACCGCCAAAAUCCUGGCUGGGCGGGUUCCUCGGGCUGGGGAGCAGUCUGGGGUCACCAGAGCAGAUUGAGAAGCGCCGAGUGGGGUUAGAAGCAUACCUUCGCGCGAUAGAAAGCAGCCCAGACACGCGGUGGCGCGACACAAAAGCGUACCGCGACUUCCUGCAGCUAGACGACGGGAAGAAGGAACGAGUCGGCAGUGUCGCAAACGGCAGCGCAGCCAAAGACUCCAUCCGCGACGGCGCAGACUGGCUCGACAAGCACGCGCUGCUCAAGUCCUCGCUGCAAGACGCGCGCCGCUGGCUCACGGCCCGCGAACAAGCCACCGUCGCAACAGCCCAACACGAAGCCGCCGCAAACGCAAAGAAAAGCCUGCUCCGCGCCGGUACCCUCAUCGCCGCGCUUGAAGACGCGCUACGCAGCAGCACGACCGGCGCCGCGAGCGGAGAAUGGCAGGGCGAGAAGCUCGGCGAAGGCGAGAUCCGGCGCCGUCGCGAUAUGAUUUCCACCCUCAAAAAGGAGCGCGACGGCCUCGACAGCGUGCUGAACACAAUGGCCGUCAAAGCCGCCUACGCAUCUGCAUCCGCGUCCACCGCGUCCGCCGCCGUCACAGACCAGCAGAAAGCCGGCCUCUUCACACACGCGAAUAAAACCCCCUCGCGUCGCGUCCUCGGCGCGCCCCAGCACGAGACAGAUCGCACCCGCGAACUCGAUAACGAGGGCGUGUUGCAGCUGCAGAAGGAUAUCAUCCAGGAUCAGGAUGAGGAUCUGGUUGAUCUGACGAAGGUGGUGAGGAGGAUGCGCGAGAUGGGCGUGGCUAUCAAUGAGGAGAUUGUCGAGCAGAAUGCCAUGUUAGGCCUGCUGGAGGAGGAUGUCACGCGUGUGGAUGGCAAGAUCAGGAUUGCGAAGAAGAGGGUUGACAAGAUUCGUUGAUUUUCCUUACUACUGGAUACGUGUGGGAGGCCCUUUUGCUGCUGGAAUGCCGAGUUGGCAUGUCAUGGACGGCGUUUGGAGUUGAGAUUUGGCUUGGAUACCCGUACCGCGUGCGACAAGAGCAUGGUAUAGCGGGUUUAUGUAAUAAUGUAUGUAUAUGUUCUAUCUACUCUUCUUACCCUAUCUCUUGGUGUUGAGGAAAUUAAACCUCCGCAUGUAUUUACCUAUCCGUCUCCACUCACGUUACAAAGGUUAAUCAGUCGACCGCAUAAUACACCCAUAUCUACACAGUAAUGACCC